AUGGACACCAGAGGCUGUGCCUGGUUGCUGCUGCUNCUGUCAUUACCGCAGGGACAGAGCCACCAGCCUCUACAUCGAUCCAAGAGAAGAUGGGUUCUCACCACUCUGGAACUGCAGGAGGAAGACCCAGGGCCCUUUCCUAAACUGGUUGGGGAGCUCUUCAAUAAUAUGUCAAACAAUGUGUCACUCAUGUAUUUAAUCAGAGGACCUGGUGUGGAUGAAUUUCCAGAGAUUGGUUUAUUCUCUAUAGAAGAUCACCAGAGUGGAAAAAUUUAUGUUCAUCGCCCUGUCGAUCGAGAAGUGACACCGUCUUUUAUGGUAUNUAAAAUGGGAAGCCGAAGACACUGUGCAACUGUCACAUUAGAGCUGGGGACACAGAGACAGCAGGAUCCUUGCCAGCCAGCCAGUCUGGAGAUUGGUCAACCUAUUUUUCAGUUGUUAACGGUCGAUUUGGACCAAGAAAACACUCCAAACUCUCAAGUCCUUUAUUUCCUCGUCUCUCAAACGCCAUUACUGAGGGAAAGUGGCUUUCGGAUUGAUCUCAUCAGCGGGGAAGUGCGACUCUCGGGAUGCUUACGUUAUGAGCCUUUGGAUUAUGAAUCUCAAGUAGCCCAUAGCCUCGUCAUUGUUGUGGAGAAUCAGGAGCAGCUCUUCGUUUGUANGGAGGGCCAGCUGCAGCCAUUGAGGAAGGCGAUGGCCAGCACCAUGGUGAGCGUGCAGGUGCUGGACACCAAUGANCCACCAGCCUUUCACCCUCGGAGCUUCAUUGUCAGUGAGGAGGAUGGAGCCUGGCCUGCCAUCCAGCUGGGAUACUUCAAUGCUACAGACCCAGACAGGGCUGACAGCCANAUAAGAUACAAACUGGUUCAUGAUCCAGCAAAUUGGGUGACCGUGGAUGAGAAGUCAGGAGUGGUGACCACCAAGAGGCAAAUAGACCGGGAGUCCCCUCAUGUGAAUGACAGUUUCUAUACAAUCAUCGUCCAUGCGGUUGACAAUGGCCUUCCCCCGCUGACUGGCACGGGGACUCUGAUGCUUUUCCUAUCUGAUGUCAACGACAAUGCUCCAACCCUCCAGCCCCAUUCCCGACACUUGGAGGUCUGUGAGUCGGCUGGGAGCCAGCCCCUGCUGUUAGAAGCUGAGGAUGCAGACCUGGACCCCUACGCUGACCCCUUUACUUUUGAUUUGGACAAUGCUCAGGGAGACGUGGAAGAGACUUGGAUGCUGAGGACAAAGCAGGGGGAAGGCCGCUCUGCUGAACUCACAAUGCUGAGAAGCGUCCCGCCCGGGGAUUACAUGGUGCCACUCUUCAUAGCUGACAGACAGGGCCUCGCCCAGAAGCAGACAGUCCACGUGAGAAUCUGCUCCUGCNGCAGUGGCUCUGAAUGUGAGGAGCCUUCGGACACAUGGCUCCUGUGGUGGGCCCUGUCCCCAGUUGGUGCAGCACUUACGUUUCUGUCAGCUGCUCUCCUUUGCCUGCUACGGUGCUCCUGCGUAUUUGGACCCAAGAGGCUCAGAGGCUUCAUCCCAAGUGACAGUGGCCACCAGACACUGAUUGUGUAUAACGAGGAAAGCAAAGCCCUUUCAGCCCAGAUGCAGCCAGCUGGGGAAGACCAGAUGCCUGCUCUGUCCUUCAACAGAGCUGUUGCCAGUGCCAAGCCUGGGGCGAAGGGUUGUGACACUUUCUUUGAGCCAAGAGGAGUGAAAAAUUUGCUGUCUUCCACCCCGGACAUCUGCCAUCAAAGUAGUGUCUGCAGCUCAGUACACUUAGCAGAAAAUAAAGCCAGUGCCCCGUCCCAGCGGCUGGGGGCCCGAGGGAGAGUCACCAUAAGGACGCUUCCUCCCCAGCUGUGCCAUCCCUCAGGCCGCCUCAGGACUUUAGGAGCUGUGUUCUCUAUUGGGCCUGAUGGUAUUGAUGGCAUAGACUGUCUUUGUCCAACAGCCUUAAUGAAGGCUAACANUGAGUUCAUCAGAAGACAAGCAGAGUCUGUCCUCUUGUUGACGGGCUCUGUGACCAACAAGACAAGAUCACACUCCUCAUCUUCAAGGCUGCUGCUUCUGNUGACAGCCCUGGUCAAGAGGUAUAACCCAGACUUNCCUUUAAAGUCUGUGUCCACAGACACCCAAGAGCAGGGACCUGUUUGUCCUGCUCUGGACUCAAUCCCCAGAGCUAUUUCCUUGCUGUGUGACUUUGAACAAGUUACUCAGCUUCUCUGUGUCCAGGACUUCUCAUUUAUAGGGCGAGAAUGUGGCCCCCGCUUCGUGCCUUGGAACUCAGAGCAGCUGUUGAAGCUCAUNGCAGCUGUCAGCAGUUCAGAGCUGAGGCCUCGUCUUGGGUGGAAGUGGGGAAGAGGAGUGAAGAAAAGCUGUGAGGGCCGGGAUGAAGUGGGAUGA